UGUCAGUUUAUUCCUAUGUUGUUCCUAUUACUAAUUAUUCCACUAGUCUGUAGCCCAAUAACUAUUAUCCCUAGAAAACUGCUAUUCUCAGACCCCAAAUACUCGGUUUUCUCUCUCAGUCCGAACGGAAGAUUUCUUGGCUACAUUGCUCCAGAUAACAACGGCGUAAAAAAUGUGUUUCUGAGAUGCAUUUCAUGCAAUCAUACGCGACAAGUGACUUUCGAAAAUAGAGAUGACGUACUCGGAUACUCAUGGACUGCUGUUCCUGAUUUGAUUGUGUACCAUCAAGACAACAACGGUGAUGAGAACACUAUGCUCUUCAAGAAGAAUAUCUCAGAGGUUGCGAUAAUGAUGGAUCCACAAAAGAGAACGGUGAUUUCUAAUUGCUUUGGAGUGAAGGCGAUUAUCCUCGGCAACAAUUUGAGGGAUUCACGAAUUCUUGUUGGACUCAACGACAGAAAUCCAACUUUCCAUGAUGUCUACUCUUUCGAUUUACUGACUGAUUCUAUGACGUUAAUACUAAAAAAUAAUCGUUUCCCGAUGUUUGUCAUCGACAACGACCUGGACAUUCGUCUCGCUGCUCAAGAACAGCCCGAUGGCUCACUGAUAAUAUCCCCGAAAGCUGAUCUGUCAAUGUUGACAACAGAGCCCUCGGAUUGGAGUGAGUACAUUCUGGUGCAAGCUGAAGACACUGCAAUAGCUGGGCCGAUUAAAUUCGACAAAUUCAACGAACACAUGUAUUGGUUGUGGAGUGAUGAAAACAACGAUCUUGGAACCCUUGUCAAGUUUCCAUUCGAUGUUCCUGAAAAGAGAGAGGUACUCUAUACUGCGACUCGUGCUCAGAUCUCCACCAUUCUAUUCCAUCCGACGGAUAAAACGUUGCUGGCCAUCACUGAGCUCUAUCACAAACCGGAGCUUUUUGUUACUAACAAUACCGUGGUUGAGGACUUUCAGUACUUAGUAAACCUUCGACCACAUGGAUCACUUGAGAUUUUAUCUUUAAGUUUAGAUAUGUCAAUGUGGUUGGUGACAUAUUUGUCCGCUGACAAACCGUACGAAAUCUUCAUUUAUAGAAAAUGGAUGAAGAAGGCCGAAUUUUUCUUCAAUAAUCGACCGGAGCUUAAAGCCUAUAAGCUGAAUAAUCAAAUCGGUUUCGAUUUCAAGACUAGAGAUAACAUGGUCCUUCAGGCUUAUCUAAGUCUUCCACCUGAGAUUUCUCUUCGUCGUCCUCAAGAUGUGCCAAUGGCCGAUCGCGGUUACGCCGAACUUGGCAUGCUACCUGUGAAACCUCAAAAACUAAUCGUAAACGUACAUGGAGGACCAAAGGCUAGAGAUAGUUACGGAUUUUCCCCAAUGAACGCUUGGCUUACGAAUCGUGGUUAUGCAGUGCUACAGGUGAACUUCCGUGGGAGUGCCGGUUUCGGUAGGCGACUGACAAAUGCCGGUGACGGAGAAUGGAGCAGAAAAAUGCACUUCGACAUUCUUGACGCUGUCGAUUUUGCUAUCGCCAAGGGUAUCACCAACGGUUCUUUAGUAGCAAUUAUGGGCGGGAGCUACGGUGGUUACGAAACAUUGGCCGCUCUAACUUUCACUCCUGAUGUUUUCGCUUGCGGAGUGGAUAUUGUUGGACCAUCGAAUUUGGUGACUUUAAUACAAACGGUUCCACCAUAUUGGAAAGGCUUCCACAUGAAACUCAUACGAAUGCUGGGAGCCGACAUUGUUAGCGAAGAAGGGCGUCAAUCACUCGCUGCUCGCUCACCGCUAUUCUUUGCUGAUCGAGUUAAAAAACCGCUCAUUAUCCUUCAAGGCGCUAAUGAUCCUCGUGUGAAACAACAGGAAUCGGAUCAAUUUGUUGAAGCUCUGAAGAAGAACAACAUCCCUGUUAGCUAUAUUCUCUACCCGGAUGAAGGCCAUGGGUUUAGAAAGGUUUCUAAUCGACUGGCAAUGUGUGGUUUCAUCGAAAAAUUCUUGCAUUCAUGUCUUGGAGGACGAUAUGAACCAUACCAACAAGGACAGUACAACUCGACGGCAAUCGUUAGCAUUUAUUUUCGUAAAUCUUUGAGGGCACGUGUAGUGGCACCAUCAUUCCUCCUCCAUCGGACAACGAAGUCUCGAUCACCCGUUGUCCGAUCUAUUCCAAAUCCGCCGCGCUCUAGUGACGUUGUUCCUACACAAAUCCACUAA